AUGUUACAGGUGAGCGAUGCAGCCAGGAUCAAGCUCAAGCAUCCGCAGGGAGGUCGACCAACGGACUCAGAGUUGGGACCGUGCGUGCCUCCACAACACCUGGAAUUUGAGAGCUUCCCUGGAUCGGACGGUCGCCCGAGAUUAUCUUUCUCAGCAUCUUUCGAAAGUGGCAAUCUGGCUGUGGCCCAGUGUGACAAUCCCAACCAAUACACCCUGCUUGUUGACGUUGAUGCCAACACGGACGGGUACACACAAUGGUUUUACUUUGCAGUACGAGGGGGAACGGUGAAUUCAAAGAUCAAUUUCCGCUUGAUCAACAUGGCCAAAUCCAGCUCCCUUUUCGGCGAUAAGGGCAUGCGACCGGUGAUUUGGAGCGAGAAGUCCGGAAGGGGCUGGGAGCGUGGUUGCAGCGAUGUUAGUUAUUCGGCAACGGAGUCCACCAAAGCAUUGACGUCACAGAAAAACUGUUCUACCCUGUCAUUUGCUUACACCUUCGAGUUCGAGGAUGACACAAUCUUCUUCGCGUACCACUAUCCCUACACGUACAGCUACCUCACGGCUUUCAUCAGCACGCUGGAAGCCGAUCCGUACGCCGGCAAGCUGUUCAGCCGCAAGCCGCUUUGCGAAACCAUAGGAGGCUUGCCUUGCGAAGCCCUGGAAGUUGAUUGCGUGGAGUCCAGCGCUCCGCAGCGAGGCCUUUGCGUAUUGACUGCCAGAGUUCACCCCGGCGAGUCCAAUGCUUCCUGGAUGAUGCAUGGAUUCAUACUGUUCUUGCUCUCGCCUGCGGCUGAAGCUAUCGCCUUGCGACAGGCCUUCAAGUGGCUCAUUAUUCCGAUGUUGAACCCCGAUGGUGUAGCACGUGGUUGCUACAGAUGCAGUCUGGCUGGUACAGAUCUCAACCGCGUGUAUCUCAAGCCGAACAAAAGAAUCCAUCCAGAAAUCUAUCACUUGAAAGAAGUCAUGAAGCGAGCUCCCGGUGGUGUGGAGAUCUUUGUCGACUUCCACGGGCAUUCCAAGAAAGAGGGCAUCUUCUUCUAUGGUGGAAAAGCUCAUGCUGAAGACCGCAUGACGAAUGCCAGCAUACAGCUGCUGCCAAGGCUUUGUGCCAUGGGCUCCUCCGAUUUCAGAUGGAACAAGUGCUCUUUCAACGUAUACGAGUCAAAGGUCUCGACAGCGCGCCUAGUCGGGUUUCUGCAGCUCAAAAUCCAAAGAGCAUACACAGUGGAAGCCUCUUUUGCCACCAGUGGCAAGGUUGCCCCUGAAGAAUUGCUCGACCGGGACGAAAAUCACCCCCGAGACGAGUUGCACCAUGACGAAUCUGACGAGGAGGAGGUCCAACAUACAUCGGCCAACCAGGAAAUGGCAGAAGCGGCGGCAGCUGCUCUCCUGCAGCAGCUGGACGCUGGCUUGCAAAAGUUCGACCGUUCCAGCGGCGAAGAUACAGCGGUUCAUAGGCGGAACGGCGACACUAAGGACCUGGCCGCGGUUGCAGCUGCGGUGCAUGCUGCACCGGAGUCUUCGAUUCCCAGCCCACGUCCUGACAGCCCUGGAAACAGGACGGAACCGGAAAGACAGCGUGAUCUUGCACCGGAUGAGGAUCGAAAAACAGCCCGGUGCACGGCACAACGUGCAGACGCAUCGAGCGGCGCAAAGUCCAAGAGAGAUGAGGCCGAGGCGAGAACCAAGCCGGAGGCUAGCGAAUUCAAUCCGAGCCGCUUGAUGCUUGCUGGGCCCACGAUCGGACGAGCCAUUUGCGCCUCUUGCCACUUGGAGACUUCACUUCCAGAUCCUGAUGAUGACAGCUUGAUGGAUGGAUCUGAACAGCUGGUGUGGCCUCACCUUCACUAUCAACGCCUGACCAGCGAGACAGCAUCUAGAGAGCUGGCCAGACUUGCCAGCGGCAAGACCAACAAGGACAAAGAACCAGAUGAUGACGACGGGGGGUCCGAUUCGAACCCCAGCGCUGAUGAGAAGCCAGCAGCAGAACUCCGAAAAAUCCAGAGAAGGUUGGCAACAAAAGCCAAGAGGCAGAAAACUUUUCGCAUUGAGCCAGAGGAGGUUGAAGAGGAGGUGAAGUACAAAGUGAUUGUCGCGUUUGGCAAAUCUAUGAAGAUCCCGAUCAAGCCAGGUGAGAAAAUGGAAGGUGGUUUGAGCCGGAGGAACAGCCAGGUCGAUGAUGCAGCGGAGAAAUUCAUGCGAGUUGCAAGACGCCACAGUGUACAAGGAGGUGAGAUAUCGCCGGCGAGCCCGGGUGUCCUGCCAAGGUUAGAUCACUCGCCUUUUGACUGGGACACGCCAGCAAACUCCGGCAGGCACGGUGACGCUCUGCGGCCGCCGAGCAAAUCGCGGGUGAGUGCGUUUCUGGAUGUGACGACGAGCUCUGGCUGUGCAAGUCCGCGAAGCCCCAGCAGCCCGGUGAGCCCUUUGAGGCGAAGGUCUCUGAGACCCAAGUCCAAGGAGAGCUGCCAGCCCACCUCCGAGAUCUCCUUUCACAUGCCACCAGAGCCACCGGAGCAAUUAGAGGAAAGGCCAGAGGGGACAGAGCCCCCGGGAGAGCCAGGGCAGCCAGGGCCGGCUGCAACCGAGCAGUCACCAAUCUUCUUGGAAGCUGCGAGUCCAGUUUCUGAGCCGGGUCCGAACGGGGCUGGGCCGGACGGGGUGGCUGCGGCAGACGCAGCUGCCAGCGAGCCGAAGAUUGAUGAAUUGAGCCUCUUGGUUGGAAAGGGCUGCUGUCUGCCCUCGUGCCUGUGUCUAAAGCGCGCAAGAGGUCCUCACAGCGAAGCCGGCUCCCCACUGUCGAGCCGACUAAGCAGUCGUCGCCGUGACGUAGGGCCGGGGAUAUUGCCUCUCAGCUGA